GCUCAUGGCCAUCAAGAGUAGGAUUAUUGGAGUUGCCACUCCCGAUCUUUGCCUCUCUGCCUUUCUCUCUUUCUUCUUCGCAACUCCCAUUUGAAUUAGAAACGAAAUGUUUGCUCUGACAUGUCGCAGACUGCCAAGGGUCUUGGCAUGCGCCAGGCCGCCCAAAUUUUCUCUGGCUUCAGUUUCCCGCUAAGCCGGAAAGCGCUUAGCAGACCAUGCAUUUUUCUCAAUAGCCUUCCUGAUUCUUGUCAUACACUUCUACUAACAAAAAACACAACCAUGGUCUCCUCUCUAAGCGAUAUUUAGGGUAUCCCGCUAGUCGGGGCCACCACCAAUCAUCAUGGCAGAAGCUGCCGACGUUGAGACCUUGUCCUGUGGUUAUAACGAGAGAACAGGACCUCCCGGUGGAUAUACCUAAGCCUCGGUGUCUUGGGCAUCAUCCUUUUCCGAACGUGGCCAUUAUGCGGGGAUUCCCAGUGUUGGACCGUGGCUGCUAUCCGGUGAGUCUUUUGCGUUAGUGAACGGAAAGUAUCUUAUCCCGGAUUCUGGAAAGAAGACGAUUUGCUGCUGUCAACCGUUUCUGCAUCCUGUCGACGAGAAUGAAGUAGUGUCAUCACUUCAUUUAUUAGACUUUCCAUGAGAUGCAGUGUACGGGAUCUCGUGGUGCAGUUUUCUAUCCCGGCCCCGGAAAUGUAGGGGGAAAUAACACUCUCCCAUUCGUCGGUACGUCCGUGUCUAUUCCUUUUAGUCUUGAUAUAAUCUCCGCUAGUGGGACAUGCUCGACCAUCGGGUUCGUACCGGCAACUUGGGACGCAUUCGACCCAUGUACAUGUUUCUUUUUAAACGGUUGUGGAAUCAACAUAUAUUUGGCCUUGGUUACUAGUCCAGUAUUGUCUUUAUUCGAUGCAUUCCUUCUGUCGUACAAUUGCCGCUAGCUUACCCCGAAGAGGCUUUGUUUGUGUUGAAUAGGGGCUAACACUGAUUCCCUUUUUGCCUCGGCUUGUUACCUACUCGAACACAAAUCUGCGACACAAGCAUAGGUGAUAGGUCGAAGUGGGCUUUUGUCUGCUGUCGUAACCGGCCUGGCUACGAAGUUAUGAUUAGAUUUUCCUUUAGCCUGACUUGUUUGGUACAGGUCCAGUCAUGGCGAUCCAGGGCUCUGUGGAAAUAUGAUAUAACACAAAGCUUAAGUUCUGGGGAUGAUAUCCGCAAUGACCUAUCGAUUCUCGGAUAGUGAAGUAAUCAAACGUAACAUUUAGU